GUCUAUUCCGCCUAUUGUUAUUCAUCUGUUAAACCCGCUUCUCAUCUCACCGCACCUUUCCCCCACCCACGGAUUAUGUCGCCUUGCUUCGUGUAACACCCCCUGUGUCUAUCCCUGCAUUCGAUCAUGGACACCACAUCCCACGACACGGUCGGCGCAUCGACGCUGGCCACGCCCCUCUUCAUGCCAUCCUCGCCCCCAGGUCAUCCAGAACAAGAUCCCCUGCAAUCACCCGACCGUGGAAACACCCCGAUCGACGACCUCCUCGCGGGCCACACCGACGACGAGGAAGAAUUGCGCCUCGAGAACGGGCCGUCCCCGGGGUCAUCCCGCGCAUCAUCCCCCGACCAUCGCGCCAUGGAUAAUACCCUCGACAGACGCUUGGCGGAGUACACGGUGGACUUCAACCGACUGCCGGGCGCAAAACCGGGAGAUGAUGAGGACGCGCUGGGAGAGCUGAAGUUGCCCCAUGAGGAGGAUCGUCUGUCUGAGGUGGGUGGUCCGGAGGACUUCACCGCCAAUAUGGACAAAUAUUUCAUGGACGACGAUACUCGGGAACAUGGGAGUCAGGUCGAGUUUGGGGAGGAAGACGGGGAAGACGUUGCGCCCACCGAGGAACAGGAACCCCAGGAGCCGACACUCCCGCAGGAGCAGCGACCCGAGGAUCAACAGCAUUCCUCUCAGCUGCAUCAGCCUGCGGUGGAGGAGGAUCAGGAACUGGGCGAGUACAGCGAAUUCGGCCCGCCGGUGGACAUGUCGACCCCGUCUCACCUUCUGCGUCGGAAUAGUAUAGGCAGGGAUAUAACACACCUGGAGAACAUCGAAGAGGAUCCAGACGAUGAGCUUGACAUGGCACAGACGCCGUCCGUGCGGAGGCAGCGCGUACCCUCGAGAAUUAGCGACGCGGAUGAUUACGAGAGCCUGCGUCGACAGAUUGCCGAACUCCAGCGAGCACUUGAAGAACGGGAUGCACAGCUCGCGAGACUGCUCGCACAGACUCAGGAGACGACUUCGGUGAAGGAUCAGAUCAGCCAGCUACAGGCAGAGCUACAGAAGAAAACGGCCACCAUUGACGAACUGCAUGCCAAGCACAAUGACGAGACGGUCCUACGGGAUCAGCUCCGAUUGUUACAGCGACAGAACGAAGAUAAAGACAAUUUCUUCCGGCAGUCGUCUAUGAAUGCAUCGGAUCUCGGCGCUCUUCAAACCCAGAUCAGCGACAUGCAAAAAGAGCUCCAGAGUCGCAACUCGGAGCCCGAGCUGAGCGCAGAGAGGCUCGAGACCAUUGCGUAUCUGCGUCAGCAGCUCGAUCUUUCGCAGGCCCAGCUGAAAAAGCGGGAUGAGGCCUUUGACGAGACGGCCCAGAAGCUGAAAGAGAUGGCGGCCGCAACCGAGCAGCAACUCCAAGACAAGGACACCGAGAUCGACCGGCUCCAGGCCCGGGUUGAUACCCACCUCGAAGAAAUCGAGAAACUCGGCGCGGAAGCCACUCAAGCGACUCGCAAAUACCAAUCCCUCGAGGAGCGGAUCUCCUCGCUUGAAAUUAAGAAUCGCCCGCUGGAGGAGAUGAACAGUACCCUCGAGGCGGACUUGAGUCGCGCGCAGUCGCAGGUCACCGCCCACGAAAAUGCCCUCAAGGCCGUGGCCGCCGACCUCCCGCUGGACAACGGCGGCAACACCUACACCGAGAUUCUGGAACUAAUCAAAGAUCUGGGCGGACCGCCGCCCGCGCGCUCGCCCGACUCCCUUCCCAAAGGCAAAGAACCAGCACCGAAGGAGAACGACACGCAGCAUCUCCUCGACGAGCUAGCCAAACUCCGUGCUCAACUGAAAGACGCCUCCGCAACGCAAAAGACGCUCGAGAUCCAACUAUCGCGGUCACAAGAGCAGCUCACCGAAUCGCAAACCCUCAUCAACUCCAUCGAAGGCGAAAACACCCGUCUCACAAAACGCAACGAAGACCUCAAGACCAAGCUCGACUCAACCCAAAACGAACUCAACCGCGUCCGAGAAGAGCACUCCGACGCCCUCGACACAAUCGAGCAGCUCCAAGCAGAAACAAAACCACAGCAGCUCAGCCCCCCGCCCUCCCCACCCACCACCCGAGCACCACCACCAACCGCCCAAGAAGACUCCCACCAAGCACAAAUCAAAAGCCUACACGUCGCCCACAAGACCGCCAUCUCCACCCUCCGCACCUCCCACGCCGAAUCAACCCGCAAACUCCGCGCCCUCCUCUCCGCCGCCGAACAGCGCGAAUCUCGCCUCCAAGCCUCGCUCGACACCACCCAGCAGCGCCCGCGUCGGUCCACCCAAGACCCCGAGCUCCGCUCCCUCCGCGCCGAAGUCGAGCGCCUCACAUCCGUCAUAGCAGCCAAAGACGAAACCGCCACGACACUAGACCAGCGCAUUGCGCGGUCCGUCGAGAAGCGCGAGAAGGAGUGGGAGCGCCGAGUCGAUCUGCUCCUCAAGGAGCGCGAGAAGAUGGCGCGCGCGCUGAUGUGGACUUGGGGCGAGAAGGAAAUUGGCGAUUUGAAGGGUGCGGAGGAUGAGCUGGGGAGGAAGAGACAGGGGUAUCGCUAUAAGCAUGCUCGUGCGAAGGGCGAUACGAGCUCUUGAUCUCCUCCUCUUUCUUCUUCUGCUUCUUUCUGUGUUUGGUAUCUUCUCGCUUUGCUCUUGUGUCGGUAUUAACCGGCCUGUUUCUUUCUCGCUCGGAGCUUACUGCGCUGGUCGAUCUCGGGUUCAUAUAGGGCUGGGUUGGGGUGCAUCGCUUGC